UUGAGGAAACUUUGGUAUCAAAAUAUGGAAAUUCCGCUUCUAUCCUUGGUUUUAUUUCCCUUUCAGACGAUCAAGAAAAUUUACAUAAAUUAUAUGCUUCAAAUUCAACGGAAUUUAUGAAGGAGGAUAUUUAUAACUUGAGACGACGAGAACGAAGA